ACGGGUAUCAGAGAGGGCAGGAUACACAUUAACACAAACUGUGAUAGAAGAGAAGGGCCAGGGACGUUAAUCACUCCAUUGCUGUCCAGAGCGUUACUGAACGAGCAGCAAACCUGUGGAGCUCUUGCUUCAAAUGACUGGAGAACAUCCUUCAGAAUUGUUCUGGGUCUGUUUGCAUGGACAUUAAGAACCGAAUUUUCAUUGUGAGGCAAUUUCAUUGUUGACAUUUUGGAAUCUAUGCACUGGAUGUGAUCUGAACAGUGAAUGUGAGAAGAAACGUUUUCAGGAUCAUUUGUAAAAUAGAGAGACGAUUCAAAAUGCAAGAAGAGGUGAAGGGCAAAGAUCUCAGGAAAAGGGUGCCGUAUCACAUUCAGAGAGAUGUACUGGAUGAGCUCGGUGUUGACCAAGUUGCUGAAAAAUCGGAUUUCCAAAUUUCAGCAAAAGAAAAACUCAGAGAUGCUGUCAGGUGUACAGGGCCGAGGUUUAAGAGCUGUUUCCUAUCAUUUAUUCCUCUUCUGUCUUGGCUGCCACGAUACCCAUUUCGAGAAAACGCUAUUGGAGACCUAAUAUCAGGAAUCAGUGUGGGAAUCAUGCACCUGCCACAAGGUAUGGCAUAUGCUUUGCUGGCUGCUGUCCCUCCUGUUUUUGGUCUAUAUUCCUCUUUCUACCCCAUUCUCAUCUACUUCAUAUUUGGAACAUCCAAACACAUUUCUGUGGGUACAUAUGCAGUUAUGAGUGUUAUGAUUGGCAGCGUGACGGAGCGUUUGGCUCCAGACUCCGAUUUCAUGAUACCGGGCAAUGACACCAACAGCACCAUCCUGGACAUUGUCGGCCGUGAUUCAGAGAGGGUCAAGAUCGCGGCCACUGUGACUUUCUUAUCUGGCAUUUUCCAGUUGCUCCUCGGCUUGGUUCGUUUUGGUUUCGUGGUGACGUAUCUCUCAGAGCCGUUGGUGAGAGCUUAUACAACAGCUGCCGCUAUACACGUUAUCGUCUCCCAGCUCAAAUAUUCCUUUGGCAUCAGUCCACAGCGGUAUAGUGGACCUUUGUCUCUUAUAUAUACAGUCAUAGAGGUUUGCGCAUUGCUUGGACAGACUAAUAUUGGUACUCUGGUAGUUAGCAUUGUAACCAUCAUAGGUCUGGUUAUUGCAAAGGAACUUAGUGCCUUGGCGGCACGCAAAAUCCCUGUUCCCAUUCCCGUUGAGCUGAUUACUAUUAUCAUUGCUACUGUGGUGUCGUGGCAGAUGGAUUUGAAGACUGAAUAUGGUGUUGAAGUGGUUGGAGAAAUCCCAUCAGGUCUGCAGGCUCCCGUGGCACCCGCUGUCUCACUGUUGGGUUCAAUGGUUGGCGAUGCUUUUGCCCUGGCUGUUGUUGGUUAUGGUAUUGCUAUCUCACUGGGUAGAAUUUUUGCACUCAAAUAUGCCUACAAAGUCGACAGUAACCAGGAGCUCAUAGCACUGGGUCUGUCUAACUCAGUUGGAGGCUUAUUCAAUUGUUUUGCUAUCAGCUGCUCUAUGUCUCGCACCAUGGUGCAGGUCAGCACAGGGGGGAAGUCACAGGUAGCAGGAGCGAUUUCUGCUCUGGUAAUUCUGGUGAUCUUGUUAAAGAUUGGUGAGCUAUUUGAGGAGCUGCCAAAGGCUGUGCUGGCUGCUAUAAUCUAUGUAAACCUGCAUGGCAUGAUGAAGCAGUUCGGAGACAUCUGCUCUCUCUGGAGGACCAACAAAGUGGAUAUGGUGGUGUGGGUGAUGACAAUGAUCUUGACGGUGUUGUUUAAUCCAGAUAUGGGACUUGCUGCAUCUAUUGCCUUCUCCAUCCUCACUGUCGUCUUCAGAACUCAGCUACCCAAAUACUCUAUUCUUGGCCAGGUUCCCGGUACUGACAUCUACAAACCAGUAGAGGACUACAAUCAGGUGAAGGAGAUUCCGGGUAUAAUGAUUUUCCGUUCAUCUGCAACAUUAUACUUUGCCAAUGCUGAAAUGUACAUUGAAGCACUCUAUGAGAAGACCGGGGUAGACGUGGCAAAACUUCUCUCACACAAGAAGAAACUGGAAGCAAAGAGACUGAGAAAAGAAAAGAAAGCUGCAAAGAAAGCAAAGAAAGAGGCCAAGAAAAGAGCUAAAGAAGCUGUUAAAGCUGCUAAGGUUGAGGAAGCACAGUUUUCCGACACAGAUGAAAGUGGGGAAGAAGCAGAGGCAAACGGGGAUGUGCAUAAGCUGUCAGUCAAAAAUCCAAAGGAUGUGGCCGCUGUGGAGGUGGGGCCUGACACUGACACCCCACUCCCGCGGGCAAUCAUUCUUGACCUGAGCCCUGUCAACUUCCUGGAUACAGUUGGCGUGAAGACUCUUCGCAAUAUCUAUAAAGAUUACGGAGAAGCUGGUGUACAGGUGUACUUAUGUGGCUGCCAGAGAGGUGUCGUAGAGAGCAUGGAAAAGGGGGAUUUCUUCAACGAGAAAGUAACUAAAUCGAUUCUCUUCUCAUCGGUACACGACGCCGUUCUUUACUGCAUACAAGGAAACAGUGAAGAGGUUAUACAGGGAACACAUUUGUAACACCAAACAUGAUAUGGAACACAGAACUGGAUUGUUAUUUAUUGUGUAUUUCAUCAUGAGGAAGAAUACGCUAAUGAGGUGCUUUUAAUGAAUCAUUUAGUUUUUUUGUUUGUUUGUUUCUUUGGUUAAGUAAUAAACAGAUACUAGAGAUUUCUGAAUAUCUGAAAACGGAUCUGCCAUGGAAUGUUGUUGUGUGAGACGAGUAAACUUAAAAAAUCUUAUUGUCCCCUUAUCUGUGAUGCAUCUAAGAAACAGGUUAUUCCAGGUUGUGACACUUUAGAGUCCCGGAUAUAUAAUGAUUAUUACACAUGAAUGUGGUCUUAUAAUAAUCAGACUCCUGGAAAGUUCCCCUUUUUGGCAAUAUGCAAUACUGUUCAAAAGUUUGGGUCAGUAUUUCUUUUUUUUUUUUUUUUUUUUUUUACACUUUUCUUUCAGUAAAGACACUUUUCUUAAAUGUUACAAAAGAUUUCUGCCAAAUGUUGUUUUGAAAUUUAUAUUUAAAAAUAUGUAUAGAUUUCUACAGUUCUGCAAACUGCUCAACAUUUUUCCACAUUAAUAAAGUUUUAAUAAUGUUUAAUUAUGUUUUUUAACAUCAAAUGAGAAUAUUAGAGCAGUGGCUCCCAACCAAGUUCUCGGAGGCCCUUCAGCACUGCACAUUAUGCAUCUCUCCUUUGUCUGACACACCUAUUUCAGGUCUUAAGAGUCUUAAUGGGUUGUUCUGAUACAGGUGUGUUUCAUUAGGGACACAUGCAAAACAUGGGCUAAACCCAUAAACCCUCAUUCAGUUCACUUAAAGGAGAGAAUGAAAAUGAGUGAGUGAAUUUUGGACACUGAGCGUGCCGGAAGGACUGCUGCUUUUUCAUUGAUUGCUUGCUGCUUCAUAAUCAUUUGAAAAGGGGAGCUCCGAUGAUAAAAUGAAAGGGUUUAUCUUGAAUUCUGUCACAGAAAUGAUGCAUGAACUAUAGUUAAAUGAUUUAAUAAUCAAAUUUGUAACAAUGUCAUUUUGUGCUGAAUUAUGCCGUGGACGAGGAAUGGAUGUAGGAUUCAGCUGUGGGCGCCAUAUCUUUUGGCAAAACGCAGGAAUUAAUUCGGCGCACAACACUCACACUGCAUCAUGGAGCCUUUGAGUGUACAUCGGUUGUACACUCAUUUUUGUGGUGCAUUGUGAGAUUGAAUGAGUGCACUCAACAACGUCCACUAUGGUUUCGGACACCACAAAUGGCUGUCCCUUUAAAUAAUGCCCUAUUUGAGUGUUGGGGAGCCACCGGGAACGUGGUUGGGAACCCUUGUUUUAGAGUGACAUCUGAAGGACAUGAAGACAAUGAGAAUUCAGCUUUGCAUCACAUGAAUAAAUAAAUUGGAAUUAAUUUUGGGGAAAAUGGAAACAGUUAUUUUAAAAUGUAAAAUACUACUGGUAUCACUGUAUUUUUUUAUCCAAAAUUGCAUUUGGCAAACAUAAGAGGGUUCUUUCAAAAACAUAAAAAAAAUCUGUGACCCCAAACUUUUGAAUAGUAGUUUAUCAAAAAUUAAUUUAUGUAUUUUACUAUGUAUGUUAUGUUAUGUAUGCUGUUUGUUGAUGAUAUAUGCUUGUUUAUUUAGAAUCAUUCUUACUUAAACAUUUUCUUAUUCUUGUGGUGGAAUUGGUAGUAAAUUACCUGUUAUGUUAGACAACUGAUUAUUGGUGAAAAAAUGUGACUUCAUGUAAAUGGUAACAAGUUUCAGAGAAACUGGUCAUUCAAGCAUAUCCUAACAGAAGAAGCUAAUCCAGAACCUGUCCAACUCCUUUACCAGCGCAUUGUUUCAGAACAGAUAAUACCUAUCCUGUGACAAAAGCACAAGCGGUGAGCAAAUGACUGACUGCGUGCACAAAAGGUGAAUAAAUAAUAUGUUAAAGAUA